UAUCGCGUGACCUACGAAACCGUGUGAAGAAGCGUGCGAUCGUGAAAUAGAAAAACUUCUUUUGUGCUUCCUCAAAAAUCGCGUACACUCGCGAUCCUGCUGCUACGCUUCUGAAAGUUUAUGGCCGUUGGUACAAAAUGGACCAAGAUGUUACAAGAUUCAUAUACUUUAUAUUUUUGACAACGCUUUUAAUCGAUUUAGGAUCAUCUACACAUUAUUUAAAAUAUAUCGAAUAUAAUAUAGAACAUGGGAAGGAUUGUCAUACAAUUGGAUCAAAUAAACAGAACAAAGAUUUAGCGGUUAUAGUUAAAAUUACACUUGAUCGUGGAAUAAAUACUGAUACGUAUUGUAAAUUUACUAUUAAAGCUAAUGAAGGAGAUGGCUUGUUUGGUGUCAUACAAAAAAUGACAUUUAGACGUAAUAAAACAGAGUGUGUAGAUUAUGUACAGUUCAAAAGGAGCGACAGUCAAAAAACACAAAAAUUUUGUGGAAAUUUCGAUCGUAACACAACUAAAUAUUAUCCAGUCCCUGAACCAGAAAAUAGCACCUAUGAGCUUGGAUCAUUUUUUUCUGAAAAUCCAUAUUCAGAAUUUGAUAUUAAUGGCAAAUUAGAAACUACAAUAUUUAUUGCCAAAAAGGGAUACUUAUUAGCAGAAAAAGUUCCUAUUCUCAGUAUUGUUUAUACGCCAUAUAAAAAAUGUAAGGGCAGCACUCCGAUAAAUUAUACAUCAAUACUUUUUGAUUCAUGUAUUUUACAAGAUUACUUUUGCGACGGAUAUCAAAAUUGUGUACUAAAAAUCUGUCGGGAUGAGGAAAACUGUCCAAAUGCCACUGAUAUCAUUAGCAAUACUGGAACAAAAGUAACAGUGGGUGCUGUGACAACAAUAAUUUUGUGUACAAUUCUUUUUGGUGUAUGCAUAUGGGCAUGUAAAAAGAAAGAUUUACUCUUUUGGUCUUCCGAUUGUGCCGGUCCAAGUGCACACUCAUCAUUAUCUAGAUCAGGUGGACAAGAAUCUGGAAGCAUUAAUAAUCCUCAACUUCCAACAGCUCCAAUGUUAGAAGUGGCUGUACCACCUCCUGUGUUAGAUAAAGAUCUUCCACCUAGUUAUGAUUCCUUAUUUCCAGAACAGAAUAAUUCUACUGCGCAGCAGAUGUAAGUUAUCAAUGGAUAACCUUUAAUUUUUUGCAGUAUAUUGCUUAAUGUUUUAAUUAGGUGAUGCUGCUUCUUAAACAAUGUAUGUGUACAAGCAUAUAAGAAGUUAAAGUCAGAAAUACGUCUUAAAAAAUCUAAGGUUAAAUCUUAGAAUUAACAUGAGCAAGGAAAAUGGAGUACAAAUUUUUGCCUAAUUCAUUUUUCAUGUUUUUAAUAUGAAUAGUAAUGUUUAUAACUUUAUACUACACUUCGUUUAGUUUUUGCGACAUAUUUCUGAUAUGGUUUAUACAUAUAGCUUCCUUGUUUUUCUUUUUUUUUUUUUUUUUAAAGAAAUUAAAAAUAUAUAUAUGUACUAAGUAAAAAGUAAGCCUGUUCAAGAACUAAUGUAUUUAAUGCUGCGAUGUGGCAAUAUUAACAAUUUUCAUUAUUAUUAAGGAGGUGCAUCAUAUUUUCUAAAAUGUAUCAAUUAGAAUGAUUAGUAACAUAAUCAUAAGGAAAUCAAUUUUACAUUUAAUAUUUUGAUACAUGUUAUUUUCCAUCUAAAAAUAGAGGAUUAUUUCUUUAAAACAAUUUUGUAUGAAAAUCUUGAAAGAUCUGAUAAAAUUACUCAAAAUUUAUAUUUUCUAGAAAGUGUAUUUCUAUUAAGAAUUGUAAUGUAAGAAAUUAUAACUUUUUUUACUUUUGAGCCAUGACAUUUUUCUCAAUGUUAUAUUAGUUUUUAUAUAAACAAUUAAUAUUAACAUUGCCACUAAUAUUUAUAAUGAACAAAUAUAGUUUAUUUCAAUAUUAUACUUUUAAUUUACUCUUAUUUAUUUUGCGAUCAAUGAUUAAUAAAAGUAUUGAUAGAAUAAGCACUACAAAAAUAUAAUCUAUGUCGAUAAUAUAGGCCUUAACGCGAGCGCGUAUAUGCGUGUGCGUAUAAACCAUUUGUAAUGAAUUUGUAUAAUGAAAUUUUUGUAAAUAUAUAUCCUUAUAUAUAUAAUAUAUAUAAGAUAGUGA